AUGACAGUGGUCACCGACAAUGGCAACCAUGAAGAGUACCCCUAUCCAGAGCCGAACCCAGGUGACUCAUACAGAGUUCUGGAUCAAUAUCAUUCGAAGCCUACGAAGCUGAGGGUGGCAUGUGUUGGUGCGGGCGCCUCGGGGCUGUGUUUGGCGUACAAAAUGGAAAGGAUGCUCGAGCAUGCUUCCUGGGAAUUGACGCUUUUCGAGAAGAAUCCGAAUCUCGGGGGUACUUGGUACGAGAACACCUACCCGGGGGUGGCGUGCGAUAUUCCCGCUCACCUUUACACCUUCACGUUCGAUCCAAACCCGAAUUGGUCCCACUACUUUGCAUACGGGGAUGAGAUCCAACGAUACCUCGAGGGCUUCGCGGAUAGACACAGCCUCCGCAAGUACAUGAAGCUGAGCACCAAGGUGAUCUCGUGUCAAUGGGACGACAGCAAUGCCAUGUGGCACAUCACUCUCGAGAAUACCCAGACGCGUGAGCAAUGGCAAGAUUGGGCGCAUUGCUUGGUGAACGGCACCGGGAUUCUUAACUCGUGGCGUUGGCCCGAUAUUGACUGCUUCAAUGACUUUCAAGGGCCCCGCAUUCAUUCAGCGGCAUGGAACCACGAUGUUGAUUUCCAGGGUAAAACUGUGGGCGUCAUCGGCACCGGCUCCACCAGCAUCCAAAUCGUUCCCGAACUGCAAAAGGUCUGCAAACAGGUACAGGUGUACAUGAGGAGCCCUACAUGGGUUAGUCCUCCCUUCGGUGCAACCGCCCUUACAAAAGACUUACGCCAUGGUGCCGAUGACGAUCUCGGGCAUCGCCAGUACAAGUUCACGGAAGAGGACAAGAAGCGAUUUAGAGACGACCCAGAGUAUCAUCUCACCUUCCGGAAAAGCAUUGAAUCGGAAAUCAAUGGGCUGUUCGGGAUGUAUCACCAGGGUUCGGAACUGUCUAACAUAUUCCGAGAGACUAUCACCAAGGAGAUGCACCGAAGGAUGGGUCCCGGUCAUGAGGAAUUGAAGGAAUUUAUCAUUCCAAAAUUUUCCCCUGGUUGCCGGCGUAUCUCACCGGGAGAUGGUUAUCUCGAAGCACUUGUGCAGCCCAACGUCAAGCCUAUCUUGGGAGAUAUCAAGAAGGCGACGAAAAGCGGUCUUAUAACAAUGGAUGGAGUGGAGCAUGAAAUGGAUAUCCUUGUCUGUGCCACCGGCUUCAAUACCGCAUUCAAACCUGCAUUUCCAGUUGUUAACGGAGAGGGCAAAUCCAUUCACGAAGAUUGGGGUGAUGGCGUAAACUUGUAUUUCGGCGUAUCUGCACCGAGGUUUCCGAAUUACUACACCAUUGUUGGGCCUGGGGCGACCUGGUCUAACGGAACCCUGCUACCCUCAAUAGAAACCACGGUUGAAUACAGCGUCAAAUGCAUGAGAAAAAUGCAACACGAAGGCAUCAGGUCGAUGGCCGUGAAGCAAGAAGCUCUAACUGACAUCUAUGAGCACUUCGAUGAAUUCCACAAAACAACAGUUUGGCAGGAAAACUGCCGCUCGUGGUUCAAAGAUAACAAGCGCGAGAACCGCAUCUACCUAUGGCCUGGACCAACGGUCCAUUCCCUGAAAUCCCUCAAGGAUCCCCGGUUUGAGGACUACGACAUCAAAUACCGAUAUAAGAACAGAUUUGCCUAUUUGGGAAAUGGGUCUGUUAAGGCAAUGUCCACGCAAGAUGCACUGGGACUGGCGACCUAUGUUCGUAACAGCGACCACGACUGGAAUAUUGCUUAA